GACAAUUGAUUUAUCAGUCAAAUUUAAACUAAUGCCUGCUUAUUAUUAAAAAUUAGAAUUCUGUGACAAAAUUAUCCGAAAUCGGCGUUCGCUGGAUAUUUUGAUAGUCAGAACGACCACAAUAACUGGUGAUUAAUACCAAACUAUAGCGCCAAGAUGUCAGAUCGUAAGGCAGUCAUCAAAAAUGCGGAUAUGAGCGAGGAGAUGCAGCAGGAUGCUGUGGAUUGUGCUACUCAGGCCCUGGAGAAGUACAACAUUGAAAAGGACAUUGCGGCCUACAUCAAGAAGGAGUUCGACAAGAAGUACAAUCCCACCUGGCAUUGCAUUGUCGGACGCAACUUUGGAUCGUAUGUAACACAUGAGACGCGCCACUUCAUCUACUUUUACCUGGGACAGGUGGCCAUAUUGUUAUUCAAGAGCGGUUAACUUAGCCCCCAAUUCUACACACACUCCAAUACACACACACACAGCACACACACACGAAACAUUUGCAGUUCGCCUUUUUCGUUGUUGUAGCCCCUUCUCCAUCCACUUUCCAUAUCAACAACACACCAAGAACUCUGAUUUGAAAUGGCACACUGUUAGAAUCUUCUAUAUCUUGCAACACUGAGCAAAUGGAGUGGCAUGACGCUGUAUAAAACCGAUUCACUCAAGCAACCCACACUUACAAUCGCGUUUAUUAAAUUUACAUUAGUUUUCAAUUCACACAACUUUCGAAAUGGAUUAAAUCAAUUACAUCAG